AUGGGUUUUGUAAUGGAGUUUGCUGAGAAUCUGAUACUGAAGCUAAUGGAGGACCCUAAGGAGAGGGAUAGGAAAUUCAGAGAGCAUGUGUAUGCGGUGAAGGACCAGUGCAACAAGACCAAGGAGAUGUGGGCCCUACCUCUCCGUCCCUAUGGCUUUUGGACCUUCGAGCGCCACAAUUCGCAGCUUCGUUGGGAUGCCCAAAUUAGCCAGGUUGCCGGCCGGAGGGACCCCUACGAUGAUCUCCUUCAACACAGCACUGACCCUGUCUCCUCCAGAACUAAAUGA